AUGACGAAGGUUUUCCGUGCCUGCGUGGUACUUACAUUAUUCCUACUCGCCAAUGCCGCUGACGACCGCACCUGCUACUAUUUGGAUGGCUCCACUGCGAACAAUCAUGUCCCUUGCACUACAAAUUCCGUCACAAACUGCUGUGGCUCAAACGAUAUCUGCCUGAGCAAUGGACUAUGCUAUCUUCAAGGGUCACAAGGACUAUCCCUAUCGCGAGGGACCUGCAGUGACAAGAAUUGGGGGACUGAAUGCUAUAAGCCAUGUUUUAACGAGACAAUUACUAACUCCCAUUUGAUGCUAGCCAGCUACAGACGUAAUACCGGAAUGCCGAUUAUGAACAUCGGCUACAAUUACUCCUCAACGCAGUACUGCUGCGGCACGGUGAUCGUCGACAACAACGCUGUGGGCUGCAAAUAUGAAGACCCGUUUGAACUGACAGAAGCCACGGUUAUUCCCGGGGUGGCUUAUCUGGCGAACAACGGUGUGAGUGGGAACUCUACUUCAUCGCCGUCAUCGUCAUCGUGCAUCGCGGUCGAGGCCGGCGUGAGUAUCCCGCUUGGGGUGAUUGCUAUUGCUGCUGGGAUAUGGGCUCUUUGGGAACGGCGCCGUGGCCGUCGCCAACUCCGGAACUAUUCUCCAAUGAGUGAUGCCGAGGGAACUGUGUCAGUGGCACCCGCGCCGAGUCACCAGCAUCAGACAGCAGAGCUCGGUGGGCAGGGGGUGGCGAUGUCGUUACCAGAGUUGAUGGACACCAGGACGGAAUAUCGAGAAGCCCCCAAACGCUGUAUUCCAAGAGUGCAAAAGGGGAAUGUUGAGGGGAAAUAA